AUGCUGGUCGGGGACAUCCAGUCCACCCUUCUUGUCCUGAUCAAGUUGGGCGUUGAGCUGAAGGCGCGGCUGGAUGCAAUCAACCAAGCCGCCGAAGACCUCCAACUUCUGACCACGAAUUUGAGGUUGUUACUGAUUGUUUUCGAAAAUCCCGCCAAUGAAAGCAUCCUGAAAGAACAUGUCUCAGAGUUUGUGUCAAUCUUGGACAUUCUAGAGAGCAUCGCCAAGUCUUGCGCAAAAUGCGCCAAGGUUCUAGAUUUGGACCCAUCUGGGCACACGGCCGCGGAUGGAAGCCGGGAAGCAUUUGGUAGGAAACUGAUACGUCGAAUCUUGGUCGUAAAAAGAAUUCCAGGGCUUCUGACGGAGAUUCAGCGCAAGGCGGAGCAGCUUCAGAAAAUCCACAGCGCUGUGUCAGUUGUGAUUCUGCAGGACAUCAGAACAAAUCAAGAGCAACCUCCUCCAGGAAUGAGUAGCUCUGGAAACUCAACCCUAACGGCGCGUGACUACAACCAAGCCAGUGGCCUGGAUUUCAGUACUAAUUUUGCGAGCAUUGACAUCAUCUUGGGUAACCUUAUGGAUGAGUGCAAGAGCCUUCGACAACAGCUUGAGGAUAGUAUUAUCCAUCCUGAUACUUCUGCCAUAAAACAUCAUGAGAAAACAAAUCCAGAAGGAGUGGCGUUCUGGAAAAGCAGGUUUCAGAAGAAGGAGUUAAGUACCUCCAGCUUUCGUUACGAGAAUCUUCCUUUUUUUCUGAACAAUAUCCCAACUGGAGUUUGGGAAACGCCAACUACCGACCUUGUUCGACCACUGGGACGUCAGUAUCACAUCGACCAAUAUGGCACGCGCCGCCUCUCUACAAUUAGACCACUUUGGCUCCCGGCUCUGCAGUCAAUACUUGACCCUCUACAUAAGGGUUAUGUCAAGCCGCAAGACUACUUGAGCUUUCUUCAAGGCUCGUCGUUGUCGGAGACGCUUAGAAAACUGGUCCUUGAGAAUGCAGGACUUGGAGUCCUGGUCGAAUGUGAGAGGGAAUCAGGCGAUAUCGCUCUACCUGCUUCUAUAGAAUCCCCCUCUCACCAUGUAGGCUGGAUAUCUGCUCAAAUUGUGGCGGUUCCAACGCCGACAGAAAUGGGAAUCAUGACUGAAGAUGACGUUAUGAAAGCAAGUAGUGAAAGUCUCAUCCCUUGCUUUAAUGACACGGCUCGCGAUAUUCACAUCCAUGUUCGCUACUUACAAACCGGCCAAAUAGAGCAGAAAAGUCUGCUCAAUAAGACGCGACCAGUUGGGGGCAUCUACAUCGGCGCUCCAAUAUCCAUCCGAUGCGAGCUGGAACCGGGAAGAUAUGGGUGGACCUCGGAUACUCACAUCGCAGAGUUUAAGGCUUGUUUUGGCGGGAAUUAUACUAUCACGGCUGGAGCUGGAGCCAAUACAUACGUAUUUUCGACGACUCCAAUCAAGGCUUCAUUCGACGGAAUGCUACUGAGUGACGUGCAAUCCGAUGCUCCAACACCACAGCUGGAAUUUGUCUUAUUGGGACCGUCAAAGGUUUUCUACCAAGCUCCAAGAAUCGGUGAAAAAAUACAGGUCGAAUAUGAUGGGCUUUGGUACGAGUCGAGAGUUACGCUAGUAGACGAAGACGAGAUCGAGUUUGUCGACUGGGACCAGAUCGCACCAGGAGCCGAACCCGACACUCCAGUUGAAGAGAGCAAAAGCGAUAGUAGUGACGAAUAUGGCGGCUUGUUUUCGGAGCAGAUGUUGGAAGCCCUUGGAAAAGGCACCCGAAGACUAUGGCGGCCAUGGAAGAGAGACAUGACCAAGCAUGAUGUUCGACCGUUUCGCUGUUUACACAUUGGAGACUCUAUCAAUGCACCCGUCAUGUAUCCUGAUUUUCGAUUCCACUAUCAUACGGCUGAAACCUCACAGCUAUAUUUGCCUGCGCGGAUUGUUGACGUGCAAGGCGAUCAGUAUGUGGUCGAAUUCAGCCCAGCGGUAUGUGCCUAUGCGUGGUGGCCAGGGCGCUUAGAGAAGGGCACAUCAAUAGAGUUAAUCCCGGGGUCAGGUAUACACGCGGACAACCCGUACGAACUCAACCGCACGACCUUGGCCAUGAACCUGGUGCGCCCUUUGUCCACCGGCCCGCGGCCAGUUUUGGGCAUGCAGUCUGGGAAGCCGCCUGGAUGGAGUUCGUUUCAAGGGAUACAACUUGGAAGGCUGGAGGAGCUGCUGGAACAGAGUCUCUGGAAUGAUGGAGACCGUUCAAGCCGUGAUAUGUAA